AUGGAAGAAAUCCGUGGUAUAAUGGACCACAAAAAAAAUAUCAGGAAUAUGUCCGUUAUUGCUCAUGUUGAUCAUGGCAAAUCAACGCUGACUGAUUCUUUGGUAUCCAAAGCUGGUAUAAUCGCUGGAGCUAAAGCUGGCGAAACUCGUUUUACAGACACACGUAAGGAUGAGCAAGAACGUUGUAUCACGAUAAAAUCAACGGCGAUUUCUCUAUUCUUCGAGUUGGAAUCAAAAGAUCUAGCCUUUGUUAAGGGUGAUAAUCAAGUGGAAAUUAAUACAGUAGGUGGUAAACCGGAGAAACUUCGAGGUUUCUUGAUUAAUUUGAUUGAUUCUCCUGGUCACGUUGAUUUCUCUAGUGAAGUCACUGCCGCUCUUCGUGUCACCGAUGGAGCUCUUGUUGUUGUUGAUUGUGUCUCUGGUGUGUGCGUCCAAACAGAAACAGUUUUACGUCAGGCAAUUGCUGAGCGUAUUAAGCCUAUUUUGUUUAUGAACAAGAUGGAUCGUGCUUUGUUAGAAUUACAGCUGGGAGCUGAAGAGCUCUAUCAAACGUUUCAACGUAUUGUGGAGAAUAUUAAUGUUAUUAUUGCUACUUAUGGUGAUGAUGACGGUCCUAUGGGACAAAUUAUGGUUGAUCCUGCAGUCGGCAAUGUUGGAUUUGGUUCUGGAUUACAUGGCUGGGCAUUUACACUAAAGCAGUUUGCAGAGAUUUAUGCCGAGAAGUUCGGUGUCCAAGUUGAUAAACUGAUGCGUAAUCUUUGGGGUGAUCGUUUCUUCAAUAUGAAGACUAAAAAGUGGUCGUCAGUGCAAGAUGGAGAUAGUAAACGUGGGUUUGUACAGUUUGUAUUAGAUCCUAUUUUCAAAGUAUUCGAUGCCGUGAUGAAUGUGAAGAAGGAUGAAACAGCUAAGUUGGUUCAAAAACUUGGUAUUAAACUAGCAAAUGACGAAAAAGAUCUCGAAGGAAAACCAUUAAUGAAGGUUCUAAUGCGCAAAUGGUUGCCAGCUGGUGAUACCAUGCUGCAAAUGAUCUGCAUACAUUUACCUUCUCCAGUUACCGCUCAAAAAUAUAGAAUGGAAUUGUUGUAUGAAGGACCUCAUGACGAUGAAGCUGCUGUAGCAAUCAGAAAUUGCGAUCCAAAUGGUCCUUUGAUGAUGUAUGUAUCGAAGAUGGUGCCUACAUCUGAUAAAGGACGCUUUUAUGCAUUUGGACGUGUAUUUUCUGGAAAAGUUGCGACGGGAAUGAAGGCAAGAAUUCAGGGACCAAAUUAUGUGCCAGGAAAAAAAGAGGAUUUGUAUGAAAAAACUAUCCAACGUACGAUUUUGAUGAUGGGUCGUUAUGUGGAACCAAUUGAAGAUAUUCCUUCUGGCAAUAUAGCUGGUCUCGUAGGUGUUGACCAAUAUCUUGUCAAGGGUGGCACAAUAACUACUUUUAAGGAUGCCCACAAUCUGCGUGUUAUGAAAUUCUCUGUGUCGCCAGUUGUUCGAGUCGCUGUAGAACCUAAAAAUGCUGGCGAUUUACCUAAAUUGGUGGAAGGAUUAAAACGUCUGGCUAAAUCUGAUCCUAUGGUGCAGUGCAUUUUCGAAGAAUCUGGUGAACAUAUUAUUGCUGGUGCUGGAGAACUUCAUUUAGAGAUCUGUUUGAAGGAUUUGGAAGAAGACCAUGCCUGUAUACCUAUCAAAAAAUCUGAUCCUGUUGUAUCUUAUCGAGAAACUGUUAUUGAGGAGUCAGAACUAAUGUGCCUUUCGAAAUCACCUAAUAAGCAUAAUCGUUUGUUUGCAAAAGCAGUGCCGAUGCCUGAUGGUCUUGCUGACGAUAUCGAUAAGGGAGAGAUUAACGCUCGUGAUGAAAUGAAGGCACGUGCCAAAACAUUGGCUGAGAAGUAUGAUUACGAUGUAACCGAAGCAAGAAAAAUAUGGUGUUUUGGUCCAGAUGGCACUGGUGCAAAUAUUUUGGUAGAUGUCACCAAGGGAGUGCAAUACUUGAACGAAAUUAAGGAUUCCGUUGUUGCUGGUUUUCAGUGGGCUACAAAAGAAGGCGUUCUAUGCGAUGAGAAUAUGCGAGGUGUGCGUUUCAAUAUUCAUGAUGCAACUUUACACGUCGAUGCGAUCCAUAGAGGGGGCGGUCAAAUUAUUCCUACAGCACGUCGUGUUUUGUAUGCUUCUGUGUUAACAGCUCAACCACGCUUACUUGAACCUGUCUAUCUCGUAGAAAUCCAGUGUCCUGAAAAUGCUGUAGGAGGCAUUUACGGUGUUUUGAAUCGAAGACGUGGCCAUGUAUUCGAAGAGUCACAGAUAGCUGGCACUCCAAUGUUCGUCGUGAAAGCAUAUUUACCCGUCAAUGAGUCUUUCGGCUUUACUGCCGAUCUUCGCUCUAAUACGGGUGGUCAAGCAUUCCCCCAGUGUGUCUUUGAUCAUUGGCAAGUGCUUCAAGGUAAUCCCUUAGAACCAAACACAAAACCAGCUCAAAUAGUGGCUGAAAUCCGUAAACGUAAAGGUUUGAAAGAGCAGAUACCAGGAUUGGAUUCUUUCUUGGAUAAGAUGUAA